AUGACGUCCUCCGGCCUUCCCCAGGGGUUCUCCAUCUUCCAGCCUACCCUCGGCGACCCCCUUCAAUUCUUCCCCGCCGUCGGCAGCCAAGAGCUCGAUGAGCUAAUACACGCCCAUCUUGUCGGCCCUGCUUCGUCGCAGGAAAAGCGCACCACCCUGGCCCUCGACUUCCUCGACCACGCUCAGCGUACCGGCCAGACCUUCAAGUUCUACCCCGUCUACACUGUCGGUGCUUCGCCCGCCACCUCCGUCUCCUCCUUGAACACAUCGCCCACCACUUCCUCCUGGGACUGGAACCAGACCUCCCGGACUGCGUCCAUCUCCUCGCGGUCCUCGCAAAAUCGCGUCUCCAAAGCCACGAGCCCUGCCUCGCGCGUGCGCGCCACCGACUUCGCCGGCCUCCCGGGCAUGAAGAUCAUGACCAAGGAUGGCCUCGACGUCACCAACUCGGCCUCUCGAGGUUCCAAGACCAAGGAGCAGCGUGACCAUGCUCACCUCAUGCGCAUCAUCAAGGCCUGCGACAGCUGCAAGCGCAAGAAGAUUCGCUGCGACCCCAGCCACAAGAAGCGCGGCGCCGUGACUCCUGCAACCCCGGCUGCCGCGGCUGCCAAGGUCACUAAGAAAGCUCGCACACCCUCGCCAUCGGCAGCGUCACAAUCGAUAUCGCCGCCACAAUCGGCCUCGUCACAAUCAGUAUCUCCGGAAGUCACAUUGGAGGACUUCUCCAGCUUCUCCACCUGUCUCUUCGAUACGAACCUCCCUUUCACCUUUGACACCCUCGACACCUUUGAUUCCACGUUGGCUGCUCCCACCGACUUAUGGGGCGAGUUUAUCCAAUACCCGCCCGUGGACCAGCCCGAAGACUACGAUUUCUUUGCCGAUCCCGAGAGCUUCCUCUCCUCACAAUCCUCGGAUGCGGACCUCUCGGCGGCUCGCAUAUCCAUCCCGGCGUCUUCCCCUCGUUCAGGAGCGCCUCCUGGCCGUGGCCCGGAUGCUGGAAGUUCAGAGUAUUAUGCGGGCCUGCUCGACGGAGCGGACAUGGUGGCAUCGCUGUCGCAAUCGGCCCAGCUGCCGUACGACCUGCAGGAUUCCGCCGGAGACUACACCGACUUCAACUUGUACUCGCCUCGAUCCACCUUCUCCGAGGAUGAGCGCAUGCUGGACAUUGGCUCCUCGUCUUCCGGCCUGUCAACGCAGGGCAUGCCGUCACCAGUUGAUUCACCUCGACGACCACCCAACCCUGGAUCCCCAGACCUCGGCACAGACAUUGCCAACGCUGGCGAUGUGGCUACUCAGCCUCCUUUUACCAGGGCUGAGGAAACCGAACCGUCGGAGCGCACCGAUGUCCAGGACGCAAUCGCAGAUGGCACCGCCCGUGCGAUUAGCGUACUGAGUCGUUCCGACGUGGUUAUGCGCACGAACGAGCAAGGACAAUUGAUCAUUUGUUGUCCCCCCGGCACUGUGGUCGUCAACAGCAAUGGCCAGCGAUCUACCGACUCUGGCUUAAUGAACGUGUCUACUGUCUAUGACUCUAGCAGCUCGUCAUUGGGUAUACCACCUGAACUAAGUGAAUCUGCAGUUGCAUCUGUAUCUGCCAGGUCGGGCGAUGUAGACUCAGUUGUGUCUACAUGGCUCGAUCACCAGCCUCUAGUAGCUAGAAACAUGGCUACAGAGCAUGGCAGUCUCGACCGCUCAGACGACCGAGCGUCCCCGCUUGACCUGGCGAUUGCCGCUCCAACCAGGAGCAGCCCAACACAGGUUAUUGAUGCAGCGGAAGAUGCCCAGUCGUCAUCCUCGCUGGUCCAAGGCAACCUGAAUUUGCCACAGACCUCUUCAAACGAGUCGGAGGACAGCUACGACAUUUCUACCGGUGCCCCGUCAAACCCCGUCCCCUUGGAGAACACGCUGCGACUACGCUCUGCUGGUGGCAAUAAUGGCCUCGAAGCAAGCAGCAAUUCCAUCAGACUUUCAAACCCACAAAUUUUGCGCUUUGAUGCUAAUGACGGCUACAUCGCUAAUGAAUCUGGCUCCCUGCUCUCGUCCUGCCUUCCAGGUGGACCAGCUGCAGCAUCGGCACUGCCGGUUAGUGGCCAAGAAUCAUUCUCGAUUACCAACGACUUUGAAUCCUCGGAUCUUGGCAAUACGCCAUCUAAAUCGGAUGAUAGCCACCGAUCCGUCGACUUGUCCCAGCAUCAGAGCACAACACAGACUGCCGCCUCGACCGUUCCGCAGCGUUACGCCGCCGCCGGCGUCGGAAGGUCGCUGCAGGACUGUGAUGCUCAGAAUAGCGUCAGCACGGCCGAUCUGGCUGCGCUGAUGCAAGCUGCCCUGACCCGCACGCUGCUUGUUGCUGCCUAUGCACAACUCGCCGCGAGCGCGUCCGCGUCUACGGAUAUCAUCUGUAGCAGGGCCCUCAGCGCACACUCAUACACGCCACUUGCGUGUGUGCCCGCUGUCUGCUGA